CGUCUGACAUGUUCCUGUCGUAGGUCGUCCUGGUAAGACUGUUCUUGUUUCAUCUCCUCCAUCUCCUUCGCAUUCGGUUUGCGUUGCGUCGUGCCAAUCUAGCGGCAGAGAAAGAGUGAACUGGUUACUGCGCACCACUGUCGGAGACGCUGCGGCGCGAAAGAGCACGAUGCUUCAACUGCGAUCCCUUCUUGCAGCGGCGGUGUUAGUAGGACUAGGAAGCGCACAUACAGUUAUCACAUACCCAGGCUGGAGAGGCAAUAACCUACACGCCAACGGCUCGCUGCCCGAGAACUGCCCGCAGUGCAUAGGGAUCGACACCUUAGACAAUGGCACCAUCUCCUUCCCAUGGGGCAUGCAAUGGAUGUACCCAUGCGGAGGCAUGCCACAAACCACCAACCGCUCCUACUGGCCCGUAUCCGGCGGCGCGCUAUCAGUACAGCCCGGUUGGUUCCCUGGACAUUCAAAAGCGCUCAUAUACGUGAACAUUGGCAUACAAGAGAAUGGCAGCGCAGCGCCGCCGAACAUGUCACAUCCUGUCGUCCCGCCGUUCGAGGUGACGGGGCCUUCGAAUCAGCAGUACCCCGGCCAGUUCUGUCUGCCGCAGAUUGGCAUGCCGGCGAAUGUCAGUCUGCAGCCGGGUAUGAACAUUACGUUACAGGUUGUGGAGGCGGCGCAGCAUGGGGCGGCGCUAUAUAGCUGCGUGGACCUGACGCUUGUCGAAGAUGGCAGCCCACUUGUUCAGACUGUUGGGCCGGACAACUGCUAUAACAGCUCAAACAUUGGGUUUCAGCUGCUGUUCACAACUGCGAGUCUGACCUCUGGCGCUUUCAGCUCGAUACAAGCACCGUCACUCGCAGCGCUUGUAACAACAGUCCUUUUGUCAGUAGUUGCAAGUUUGCUAUAAGGCGUUUUGCCUGGUCGUAUGGCGUUUGGGAUCGAGGCGCAUUGCGAUCUGGGCUUGAGAUACCAAGGGACGAUGGAUGCGCGUCGAAGUCACUGGGCUGGACGAAGAGCAUGCGGCAAACACGACUGAGUAUCGUACACUCCCUUACUGGAGGACGCAGAAGCGAGCAUGGUUCCGCGAUUGACAUGUCAGAUACUGUAUGUACGAACAGGACUGAAAGCUAUCCUAGAUGCAAGUUAUGCGCCAGGCUUGAUCUGCGAGCUUAGGACGUUCACCUCACGAAACGCAAUUUGCUGCUUGACGUUCCCUGAUUAGACAAUGCGUGUACAGAACCAGAUAGGGC